AAGAAGACGUAGUGUUUACGGGAAGAUGAGUGAAGCUGCUUUCUGUACUGUGUCAGAUAGAGACACUCAGUCUAAGUUUAUUUGCUGUACCCGCAGAAAAAACGGAGUAUUUACUAUCUGUCUGACGGAUGCUGCUGCUGUUUGGAGAACAGAGUACACUGAGGACACACUGAAGCACUUUAGACAGAGAUUUGCCUUGAAAUCGGCAGAGGAUUAUAUUCUUAAACUCAGGUCAUACUGCAGCUGUGGCGCUGUGUCUGUUGUGGUGCAUGACACCAGUGCAGAGCUCCAUGUGGGCUCCAGUCCAGGUGAUCUGAGUGUGACCCUCUCCAGGCUUGAAGGCUCACAGGCCACAGAGGAGCUAAGGGAUCUGCUGUUCCACAUGGCUGACAUCCUCACACAGCUUGACCGUGGACCUCCCUCUGUCAGUCCACUAAAAAAUCAACAAAGGGGGCCUGCAGAAUUUGAGCCCCGCCAGCAGCAGAACAGUGCUCCAUCAGUGACUGUGAAGAGGAGACUUCCAGGGGCGUCACUCAUCAAUCCAGGAACUAAAAAAAAGCUGCAAGCAACUGGUGUGGCCUUUGAUGAUGCAGAUGAGGACUGAUCCUUUUCCUCCUCUUUGUUCUCACAUUCCUGCUGCACAACCAAUGAUGAGCUUUCUUUUAAUCUAAUAUGACAUUAGGAUGUUGUGUAUUUGUGACAAUACAUCUCCUAAAAUAGCCUUUUUUAUAGACAAUUAUGAAAACGUGUACAUUUUAACAGGAUUUUGAUUUUGGGUCAGUGAUAAAUGCUGUACUGAAGUGAAUCGGUGAUGAAAUAAAGACAGAGUUGCAUCAAAUUAGUUCUGAGCAUAUUUCAGAUGAGUAGCUUUGUACCUGGAACAUUUUUUUUUUGAGAAACAAAGGUUGUAGAAGCCCGGCCAGUCAUAUGAUAUUCAUAUCAUAUGCAGGCCACUGCAGACAUUAUAGUCCUUGUUUUCUAGAGGGCCCUCCUCCAACUGCUAUCCAAACCAUUUCACAAAUCUUCAGUGUUCUCUUCAUUUUCCGUUCAUGCCAGUGCAGAAAGGAAGGUCGGAAAUCCUCAUUGUACUGAUGACUGCAGAGACGCCACUGGUAUGUAUAGACAGUUUUAAAGUGAAUUUAAAGGGUCAAAUUGUAAUAGGUAAUUUAGUUGAUUUGGUGUUGCGAUGUUAGUUUCCCGAUUUGGUCUAUUUAAUGAAUAAUAUGAAGUAUAUGAAGUGUUUGCCAAUCAUUUGGAUUUGGAAUCAUUAAAACGGGAAAUUUAAAUGAUUAUUAAUGGAUUAAUUAAUAUGAUUUUGUGUUUUUAGUUUUUUCUGGCUUAAUCAACUAACAAACACUCAGCCUGAUUCCUUUUUGAAAAGAAUAAAUAAAGAUGGAAAAUGAG